AAAACAAUAAAUCGGGGCUAUCACUUUAAAUCUUCAAUCUCUGGUACGGCAGAGAUCGAAAACUGUUCGGUUGUGGAGCGUGGGAAAUAUCAUCAUAUUUCACCUGGGACGCUGUAUCUCACAGCCGUUUACAACCGGUUCCUCUUCGUUAUUUAUUAAAAAGUAUUCUGUCUACAUAGAUAGGUCCCUCACAAGCACUUAAUAUUGUUUACCAAAGAAAUGGUGAUGGAGAAGCCAAGUCCCCUGCUUGUAGGGCGGGAGUUUGUGAGGCAGUAUUACACACUCUUAAACAAGGCGCCAGAUUUCCUGCACAGGUUUUAUGGGAGGAAUUCUUCCUAUGUCCAUGGAGGACUUGACCCAAGCGGGAAGCUGGCAGAAGCGGUUUAUGGACAAGCUGAAAUCCACAAGAAGGUCAUGUCUCUGCAGUUUAGUGAGUGCCACACAAAGAUCAGGCACGUGGAUGCUCACGCCACACUGAGUGAUGGAGUUGUGGUGCAGGUCCUUGGAGAACUGUCAAACAAUGGUCAACCCAUGAGGAAGUUUAUGCAAACGUUUGUGCUGGCUCCAGAGGGUUCAGUGGCUAACAAGUUCUACGUCCACAAUGACAUCUUCCGCUACGAAGACGAGGUUUUUGGAGACUCUGAGGCUGAACUUGAUGAGGAAUCUGAGGAGGAGGUUGAGGAGGAAGCAGAGGAGAGGCAGCCAUCCCCUGAGCCACUUCAAGAAAGUCCCAACAGCACCAUCUAUUAUGACUCCCACCCCGUCACUAAUGGAGUAGAGGAGCCAAUGGAGGAGCAAGCUCCAGAGCCAGAGCCCGAGCCUGAACCAGAGCCCAAAGUGGAGGAGUUGAAGCCUGAAGUCGAUGAGAAGGUUCAUGAGGAAUUGGAGGAGAAAGCACCUUCCCCAGUCCCCGUGGAGUCUCCACCAAAUACACAGGAGCCUCCUAAGACUUUCUCCUGGGCCUUGGUGACCAGUAAAAACCUGCCGCCUUCUGGCACUGUCACCUCUUCUGGAUUAUCUCCCCAUGUUGUCAAAGCCCCAAGCUCACAGCCCAGAGUCGAAGCUAAGCCAGAGACACAGACGCCACCUCUUCGCCCCAGAGACCAACGCACUCGAGACAGACCAACCUUUGCUCCGCGGGGUCCCAGGCCUGAUGGUGUUUCAUCUUCAGAGUCACAAACGGGGAAACCACACUUGAGUUUUGUUAACAAAGGUGGAAGGGGAGACUCUGAGUCUGGUGACAUGGACAGCAGGCGGAUUGUCCGGUACCCAGACAGCCACCAGCUGUUUGUCGGCAACCUCCCGCAUGACAUCGAUGAGAGCGAACUCAAAGAAUUCUUCAUGACAUAUGGGAAUGUGGUGGAACUGCGAAUCAACACCAAGGGCGUUGGUGGGAAGUUGCCCAACUUUGGCUUCGUGGUCUUCGAUGACUCUGACCCCGUGCAAAGAAUCCUGGGGGCCAAGGUACAAGGGCCCAUCAUGUUUCGAGGCGAGGUGCGUCUGAAUGUUGAAGAGAAGAAGACCAGGGCCGUCCGCGAACGAGAGACCCGCGGCGGAGGAGACGAGCGUCGGGACAUGCGGCGCAACGACCGGGGUCCCGGAGGUUCCCGGGGCAUCGUGGGAAGCGGAAUGAUGCGCGAGCGCGACGGGAGGGGACCGCCGCCCCGAGGCGGCAUGGCUCCCAAACCUGGCAUGGGCUCUGGAAGAGGCUCCGCCGGUCAGGGGGAAGGCCGCUUCACCGCACCGCGCCGCUGAAAAGAGCGCCACCUACUGCUUGGAAGUAGUAUCAUGUUCUUCAUCUUCAACCGUUCUCGUUAACGAAAGAAAUCUUCAUGUAUAAAAGUAUAUAUUUGUUUUCUUUUUGUUUUUUUGUUUAAUUUUUUUUUUUAUUUUUGUUCCCUCUUUUGCUUUGGAAUGUGACACAGCCUGUCAACCAUUUGUUUGUGAAAUAGACAAAACAAAACAAGCAAACAAAAAAAAAAAGAUUUUUGCUUCUUAGUUGUGAGCUGAGCGUCCUUUUUUCUGGGUAUCUCAAGAAUUCACAAACUUAAUUUGUAAAUUUGUGAGAGAAAAAAAGGCAAACCAACAAGGAGUAACCUGCCACAUUAGGAGGGACUGAUGAGACUUUAAACUACAAUAAUACAGCCCAUCAUUUGGAAAAGAGAUUAUAUGCCUUGACUUAAGUGGGGCGCUGCUUCAUGAAAUCCCUCUAUUGCACAUUUUAUAUGGUAGUUCUCUGCCCGUUAACUGUUGGAAAAGAGUGUGGUGCAAAAAUUGUGCAGUUCCCGGGGAAAAGCUUGCCUUUUACUUUUUCCUUUUUUGAGAGACCACUGCUUCAAAAAUUGCAUAAUGCACUCAUCAAUAUGCACUAAUGGGUACUUUUGUCAUGUUACGUUGACAUCCUUGCUCGGAAACGCAGCUGGAGAGACCUGUUUUGUCUCAAAGCGAUACGGCUUACCGGGGCAGGCCUCCCUCUCAGCCUGUCCGCUGUGACCAAUGUACUUUUCAUAUCUUUGACCCAAAUCUACGCUUCAAUUUCUGCUGGAUGGACAAGAUGACAAGCAAAUCUACAUUUUUUUUUUUCCUCAUUUAUAAAAAAAAGAUAAAAAAACAAAACAAAGCUCAAAUACCGGACUUUCGCCAAACGAGUCAGGGGGAAGGAUAAAUGACAAAACAAAGUUGAACAAUAGAAGAGUGGUGGUACAGAUGGUGGCGUGGUCUUUUUCUUUUUUUGGAUUCCAGGAUUUUUUUUUUUCUUUAACUUUUCGUUUUUCCUGCCAGCUCGACAGUGAAUCUGGCGUAGGCGACACCUCCCUCCCUCUUCCUCCCUUCCUGUCUUAAGUGCGGAAUAACCGAAUAAAUGUACAGCAAAAAUCCUAGUUUACUGUAUGUUUUGCUUUUCUGUGUAUAUUUUUCAUUUCUCUGUCUCGACUUGACAAAAGCAUGAUGGUGCCUUCUAUUUCACCUUUUCCAGUCUUACUAAAGCAUAAAGCGGUUCGAGGCUUGUUGCCUGUUAAUACAUGAGGCUGCUCAUUUUGAACUAUCGUCUGCUGGGAGCAGAUUAAAGAAAUACUUGCAGUAUUCAUAAGAUUUUUGUUUUUUCAGGUGCAUUUUUUUCAUUUUCCAUACUGUUUUACUACCUAAUAUGAUCUGCUGUGAGUUUUGUACAUUUUGUGUUUGUAAUUGUGUCUGUUCUGGGUUUUGUAGAGACAAUAGGUGCCUCGAGUUUUGUUCAAUGUUAAAAGAGGUGUAUUUGAAGAACUUUAACCCCCUCAAAAAAACAAACGAAAAAAAAAAAAAAACAAGGUACAUUAAAGAUGGUGUCAAUUGAAAGCUCGGUUUUUGGUUUAAACCAGCCACAGUACUGCACCGCUGUUCCUCGGGAAGCUGAGGCUUUGGAAAUGUUUGGCCACAUGAUUCAGACACUGCAGAUCCUCACAUGUUCACACUGACUGGAGUGUUUCUGUGACUCAUGGCUUCUUUUUAAUCCCUGGACCCCAAAGUUGUCAGACUGUUCUUUUCUCAGCAACAAUUUUUGUACUCGUCUGUGUGGGUGGGCCGACCACGUCUCCAGCCUCUGGUUAAUGAAUUACUCGUGCUCACUUUUCUAGCAUUAUUGCAUUUGUAUUUUCAUAUGCAGAUCAUUCACUGUGCAUAUUCACCUUUUUUUCCCCCCCAACAACUCAAGGCAAGUGUGAAGUCUCAAUGACAAACCAGUCGGCUCCUUUAUUGUCCACUAGCAGCUUUUGUUUUGACCACUUGGUAGGAAGGGAAGACCUUUUAGUUUCAGCUGGAACAGAAAACCCGAAAAACAAGAAUGUUUUCUUUAUUUUGUAUCUUGCACUGAAAAUGGGAAGUUAAAUGAUGAUGUAGCAUUUUUCUUGACAAAUAUACUAAUGAGGUCUUCCUUGUCGGGUGGUAUUGCACUAUUUCCAACCUUUUCUGGGACAAUCUGUCAGUUUGAUUAUAGCCUCUUUCCAAAUUCGUCAUCUGGCAACGAAAGAUUAAAAACAGCGGGACUCGCUUUGUCGUCGGCAUGGAAUAACGCUCGCUCUCACUCGGCUAGAAUAAUGUGUGAUGUACAGACAUGACAUGUUUGAUGUUGGUUUUUCACAGUGACACUUGGCUUCGCUCCCUCGUGAUUGAGAUUAAAUAUUUUCAGAUAUGAAAAUAGUUUUUGAACAGAGACUCUUAAUUUCAGAGGAGGAAUUUAACCCUUUGGUCCUUCGAUGUUUUCUAUUGGGUGCCUCAGCCCCGCCAAAUGUCUGUCAGGCGAUUGUCUCACUUUGACAGAUAAUCCUACUUCGCAACGCGGCAACGUCAGUGAAGAGAGUGUUGAAGAAGAGCCAUCAUGCUUUCCGACCAAUAUUGUGCUUUUUUUUUUUACAUGUCAGUGGUGGUAAAAUAUUGAAGCAUAGAUUAUAACAGCGGGAUAAAUAUUGUUUUUCAACGACUCAUCCCUUUCCAAUCUAUGAAGGAUCCUUUUAAUGAAAUUUUACACACACGCAAAAAAAACAAAUGUACCUUUAUUUUCCUG